UGACCAUCACGGGCAGUGAAAAAUAAUUUUGCAAUUGAUAACAUAAUAUAGUUAAAAUACAUAAACAAAAUAAUAUAGUUAAAAUUAUGGUUCAUAAAAAGAAUAAGUGCUUCCUUCAAAAACAUGCAUGUUUUGAAUCAUAAAAUGUGUUAUUGAUUCAAACUACAUAUUACAUAUAAUUGAUAAAAAAAUUGUUAGACCAAAGCAACUACUGUUAUUGAAAGAAAAAUUUAUGAAAUUGACUGAAAUAAAUGAACCAAGUAAAUAUAUGAGGGAACCAAUCUAAUAUGUUUUGGCGAAUAAUGAAAUAAAUGAUUUUUUCACUUCAAAACUACAUUUUAUCAGCUCUAGUAAUUUUUUCUCUCAGUGUAUGCAUAUUUCAAACUACCUGGCUCGCGGUGUUGUCGAACCUUCCACCGUUUGUGUCUCUACUAGUUAACCUCAUUUUUCAUUCCUUUUUCAUAACUUUUUCCAUUCCCAAGUGAUUUUCACCGGUAACAAGGCUUUCUCGAGACAUCACGCCUGAAAACAUUCUGUUCUCUUAUUCUCGUUUACCCUUAAAAAAAUGUGAUUUCCGUUGAUUGUUUUCUCGGCAACUAGACGGUGGCAAAAAUUCCAAACUUGGAAAAGAAUCGUAAUUCUUUAUCGAAUGCCAAGUUUUAAGGGUCCUUGUGGCGAAAUGAGUGAAUUCUGCGUAACUCUGGAUAGAAAAAAAUCUUCACUUUUCCGGGAAGCUCGUCCAUUUUGCUCUCUCCUCCGCUCGUUUGAUUUCGAAGGUUUUUUUCGUCGGUAGUGCCCGAACUUUGUGGCUGAUUUAUUCGUGAUUGUAUACGUGAAAAUAGUACAAGCACGUGGGCCGAGAAAUGAUUUCACAACAAGUGGCUGACCUCUCGUGAGAAUGGGCACGGCUAACGCUCAAACGGGUCCGGAGCGGGUUAUUGACGAGGCGAAUCCAAGCGGGGCAUCGAUCGAAGCCUUUUUUGCUGAUAAGGUGAUCCUGAUUACCGGCGCGACGGGUUUUCUCGGCAAGGCACUGCUGGAAAAGCUGCUCAGAUCGUGCCCGCGAGUCGCUUCGAUCUACAUACUUCUUCGCCCGAAAAAGGGCCAGACGGUGGAGCAGCGGCUGAAACAUUUGAUUGGAAAUCAGGUUUUCGACAGAGUGAGAUGGGAGUUUCCUGGUGCCCUGAACAAAAUAUUCGCCCUGAAGGGCGACGUCGGCCUCCCGGGACUCGGUCUCAGCCACGAGGACAGGACGACCCUCGCGCAGCGCGUCAACGUCGUUUUUCACAGCGCUGCUUCGGUCCGCUUCGACGAACCCCUGAAAGCCGCGGUCAACCUCAACACUAAGGGGACCGAAAGAAUCGUUGAAUUGUGCAGGGCCAUGGGGAACCUCAUCAGCCUCAUCCACGUCAGCACUGCUUACAGUAACGCCGAUCAACGGGAAAUCAAGGAAAGCAUUUACAGCCCCAAAGUCAAACCCCAAACGAUAAUGGAGAUGUGCGAGAAUCUCGACGACGAAACCAUCGCGCUGAUAGAAAAAAAAUUGAUGGGACAACAUCCGAACACUUACACACUGACGAAAGGACUCGCCGAAAAUUUAAUCAUGACCGAGGCCGUUGGACUUCCGGUCGCUAUUGUCAGACCGAGCAUCGUCGGCGCAGCGUAUCAAGAACCGUUUCCUGGUUGGGUCGACAACAUAUGUGGCGUCACAGGUAUAUUGAUGGAGGUUGGUCGUGGGACGAUCAGGAGCAUCGUUUGCAACGGCGAUUUGGUCGUCGAUGUUAUACCGGUCGAUUACGUCGUUGACACACUCAUUUGUGCUUGUUGGCACAGUGCAAUGGGAAGAAACAACAAAAUAAUGGUUUACAAUUGUACGAGCGGUUCGUUCAAUCCCGUCACGUGGGCACGGUUCAAAGAUUUGACGCAAAAGCACGCGGUGGUAUCCCCCUCGAAACACGUGCUGUGGUAUCCGGGUGUCACCUUCAGGACCAACGAAUUCAUGCACAAAUUAAUGGCAGCGAUGCUGCAUCAGUUGCCAGCAUUCAUCGUCGAUCUCAUGCUGAGAUUUCAGGGCGGUAAACCGAUGAUGAUGAAAGUAUCGAAGCGCUUCGAGAGGGCUGCGAAAGUCGGCCAAUUCUUCACCGUCAACGAGUGGAAAUUUCAGAUCGAUAAUAUGAGAGCUCUGGCGAAAAAUGUUAAGGUCGCUAACGACGCGAACAGCUUCAACGUCGACGUCUCCAACCUCGAUUGGGACUCGUACAUGCAUCAAUACAUGUUAGGAAUAAGGAAAUACCUCCUUAAGGACAACCCUGAAACCUUGAGCGACGCCAGAAAUCGUCUAUUCAAACUUUACUGGGUGCACAAAAUCACUCAAGCUCUGAGCGUCAUCAUACUAUUUAAAAUGGUAUCGAUAACGAGUCGGUGAUGUUUGCGAUUUCGACGUCGCUGUCCGGACCAACCUAAUCUGUCGUCUCGAUUUUUUUUCACCAACAAACGAUAAGCGGAAUGAGGAUAUAAAACCGGCGUGGAGAAAAAAAGUGUGAAGGAUUGCGAUGCAACGGAAUUGCCUCAUCGAAGAAUCCGAAACUCGUUUGGCUUCAGAAUAAUUGGAAUAAAAAAUUCCACAAAACUAAUCGAGAUCAACGAAAACGAUGUUUUCGUUACUCUCCAGCAGGCAAACUUCAAUUGCGUCAAACGUAUUUGAGGCAGUUCGUUCGGAUCGACUUACUCUCGUGUUAACCAAUUUUCUAUAAAAAUCACAAAACUUGGAGAAAAAGGGGAUUCGACUGGACUGUGAAUCGACGACGAGUCAUUUUUUUACACGCGAUCAAGGAGUCUGACACUAAGUAUUGGUGGGACCAACGUAAUUUAAUAAUCAUUUCAGUGAUUUCAAAAGAAAAAGGGAGUUGUCACUAAGCGUGAAUAAGGCGAUUGUCGAAAAAGCGAACAGCCAACAAGAUUGGGAGAAGGAAUGAUUUGUGAGCGUGGAUGGAUCUAAAGUGGUCUCGAUUCUUGUAUUUUUUGAAAAAAUCAUCUUCACUAAAACGAUUUAUUAUAAAAAUAGUAAAUAAGCUCGAUAAUUUUUACAAUUUUCCUUUUUUCUUGAAAAAUGGGCCAGAGAACGAUCGUUUAAAAUGAUCGAGAAAAUUUGGUUUCAUCUGAAUUUGUUUCUGACCGAUUGAGAAAAGCAAACUCUACUUUCGAUCAUUAAAAUUGUUUCCUAAUUUUAUUUUCUAAAUAUAACUUAUUUAAUUAAAAAAAAACUCGAUAAAGAUUAUCGAAAUAAAUAUUUCGUGAUUAUUUCGCUUCUGGAUGACCUCGGGCCCGGUCUCCAGUGUUUGUUCUACGACUUUUUGGAUACUCUGUACAUUGUUUUUCAAAUGAUAAAGUAUUACGGUUCGUUAUAUUCGCCUAGAAAGAACGAAUUUUCACGAUAAAGUGAUUUUCGAUUUUCAUAUUGACUCCCGUUAUUUCACGAUGGUAAGGAAGGUGAAGAAAAAAGGAAUUUUUAUCUCAUAUGAGAAUGAGGGAACAUUGAUAACGAAUAAUUAUGAUGAAUAGGAUAAGAAGAAAGUAAAGUGCUUUAAAAGAAUACAAAAAUCGAUGGUACAAUAAUAGAUUAUUUUUUAAGUCGCAUUUCAUGUAUUUGGUUUGACAGAUCUGUCGCAAAACGUUUGCUAUCAGCAUUUUCAUUUGAACGAACAUUUAUAGUCGUAACUGCGCAUGAGUCUCGUAGUUUUACAAAUAAAAUUCAAAGUUUAUGAUUAAAGAGAAAAUCGAGAAUUUCAGAAAAGAACGUGGCUGAGAAUCAGAAAAAAGUAUUUGCGAUGUCCGCAUCGACAGAGACGAAAAUCAAGCUGAAAAGUAGCGGGUUGAAUUUUUUUCCAUCAAGCUUUUUCGUGAUGAAUUAUUAAAAGGUGGAAUACCGUCCAAACGGCUGGAGGUAGGACGAAAUUUCGUGGGACCAAUCUUCUCCAGCAUAAAAUUUACUGCAAAAAACUCUCCCACUGCAAUUAUUUAUUUCCAGAUCUUUAGUUGUGGCGAUUAAUCAAAAAAGCACCUGCGGUUCGGGAGAGCCUGAAAAAAAACGUCACUAGCCUUGUCAAGUCAAAUUUCAGUCAUGAAACUCAAGUUUACAAUCACAACAAUCAAUUAGCAGCCAUCAGAAUGAAUGAAUUACUCGAAAUUCAUCAAUCACUCUGUUUGCAGAAUGCUUUAUUAAAUAAACAUUUAUCAGAGUGAAUUCUACGUUGAAACAACAAAAAAUAAACACAGUGUUAUUUUAUUAUAAUACAUGACAAUGCGUAAAACAUUGUUUAUAAGAGAGAAAAAUAUAUCAUUCAUAUGCACAUAUAAAUAUACAUGUGUGUAUAUAUAUAUUUGUACGUAUUUACAAUGUAAUCUUGCAAAGUACCAGGCAAAAACGCUCGAACCGAAGUCACGACAUAUAUUUCGUCUGACAGUGUCACAACUACCUCAUACGCGUGUGUAACGACGACGUGUCACACACAGCGAACGUUUCAGCAGCCGCGACUGAACACGAAAAUUGGACCAAUCCUAUAAAUGCGAUAUGUAAGAUUAUCGAAGAAAUAUUCGUCCAUAUAUAAUGUUUGACAAUCUGCCGCCUCUAAAAUCGUCUCAGCAUUUUUCAUUGUUUCAUUUUCUCGCAAGGGACUGAAUAACAUUCAGAAUGUACCCUUUGGCUUAUUUAUUUCAAGCAUAUUCGUCCAUAUAUUAUUUCACACACAAAUACUUACACAUAACAACGAGCUGCAGCCGCGUCUAAUAUCGUUCUUUUUCAACGAAGCGAGUGUUUCUGGCAAAUCGAAUAUUUUUAAGUUUAACAUGUAAACGUGUGUAAACGAAUUGUAAUUACAAAAUCCAACAUAAUGUUUUCAAUA